UCUAUUUUAUGACAAAUGUGGGAUUUCACUAGUAGAAAAUCGGAUACAUCAUCACUCGUAUCAUUGAGGAAUCCACAGAUGGAAAUAAUUUCAGAAAAUGUUAUGUUCUUGCUCUUUUGCUUUCUCUCGUCAUGUUUCCUUAUUUUCACGGCCACCACAAGAUUCCGAAGGAGCUCUUACCGAUCGGCCACACUACCUCCUGGACCUCCACGAUUGCCGAUUAUCGGAAACAUUCACCAAGUCGGUACAAACCCUCACCGCUCAUUCGCCGACCUCUCAAAAACUUAUGGGCCAUUCAUGAGUCUUAAGCUUGGACGUUUAAACUCAGUGAUCAUAGCUUCACCAGAAGCUGCAAGAGAAGUACUAAAAACACACGACCAAUUCUUGUCUCCCCGUAAAUCAACUAACUCUAUACGGGCUGUCAAUCACCAGGAGGUUUCCGUAGCCUGGCUUCCAUCGUCUUCGGCUCGUUUGAGGUUGUUGAGGAAAUUGUCUGUGAGUCUCAUGUUCUCCCCGCAACGUAUCGAAGCCAGUAAGGCUCUGCGAAUGAAGAAGGUGCAAGAGCUUGUGAACUUCGUGGGUGAAAGCAGCGAGAGAGAAGAAGCAGUUGAUAUUUCUCGUGCAUCUUUCACCACAGUUCUUAAUAUUUUAUCGAACCUUUUGUUUUCCGUCGAUCUCGGUAGCUACGACUGUAAAAAUUCGAAUAAGUUCCAGGAAACGGUGAUUUCUGUCAUGGUUAUUGUGGGAAAACCAGACGUUGCCAACUUUUUUCCAUUUUUGGGGUUCCUUGAUCUGCAAAGUAAUAGAAAGGCUAUAAAGUGUUGCACAGAGAGGUUGUUGGGGGUUUUCCGUGGGUUCAUGGAUGCGAAAAUAGCAUUGCGGAAUGAAUCUACUGAUGCUUCCAACAUAGAUUUCUUGGAUUCGCUUCUUGCCCUCACCCAAGGAGAUAAAGUUGAGCUAGACAAUCACGACAUUGAACACCUUCUCUUGGAUAUGUUUACAGCUGGCACCCAUACAAACUCUGGUACCGUAGAGUGGGCAAUGGCAGAGUUACUUAAAAACCCUAAAACGAUGGUGAAAGCUCAGGCCGAGAUAGAUCGUGUGAUAGGCCAAAACGAUGUCGUUGAGGAGUCAGAUAUCUCAGAAUUGCUCUAUUUACAAGCGGCUGUGAAAGAAACUUUCCGUUUGCACCCAGCAGUUCCCCUUCUCUUCUCGCAGUGUUUGUACUGGAGAUUGCACAAAACUAAGUAAAUAAAGAUUUUCGGGGGAAGAGUGAAGUUGGUUCCUUUAUUAACGAUAAAAACGUGAGGUCGUCACUAAAACGAGUCAAGAUUGAGCUCGUCAGUUCACAGGAGAACUAACAAGCUAAUAAUGACGAGCUCGGAAGCUAAAAGGAAUUAUACAGAAAACAAUAACGGUUUCAAACGCAACGUAUUGCUCUCUGGGUAUUGUUCGAGGGUCUGGAUGGUGAUUCCAAUAAAUGUUUUCUCCUUUUAUAGGGGACUGUUGACCUAGGGGUGUCUAGGGUUUUCGUCGUGAAUUCCCGAGAUUGCCCUUUGCGGGAAUUAGUGGACUUGCUCCCAAUCUUGUCGGGCCGAGAUUGUAAUUAAUGAGUCUUGUUGGGCCGAGGUUGCAAUUAAUGAGUCUUGUUGGGCCGAGUGGCAUAUUGGGCGUAACCCAUAUCCAACAAUAGUCCCCCCUCUUAGUCCGGAGAGCGGCAGUUCUUCUGCGAUCAACGGACGUGCUUGAAUUAUCUAUUAAUAUGCCUGCUCGGCACAGAUUACCUCGGGUCGCUUCUGGGGAACAAAAUUGCUACAAUGAUUCUUCUGUAAAUACUAGGCUUGUCUUCUUGAGAGAUACAAUGAAUAUCCAGUGGCUUUUGCUUUGAGUGCAGUAUUCGAUGAAUUUAUGGAAAAUGAGUAGGUCGUAGAUCGAGGUGGCGGAUUUUGGUUGCUCCUAUCCAAAACCCUAACAACCGCUGCCGAGAAAGCUUCUCAUUGUGAGAUCGCCUAUGGUCGGUGAUCGACAAGAUCUGCCUGUUAAUCACCCUUGUUGGGGACGUCGAGAGUUACAGUCAUUAAAUCUGAGAUCGACAGUAUCGGUGGGGUCGGCGAAGAUGGUUGUUGUGAGGUAUUGGAGAGCGGCAAGAUGGUUCUCAUGGGCAAGAGAGUAGAGACGUGAAUGCCAAUUCUGUUUGCCCGAGCUCGGCGGAGGUCGACACCGUUUCUGAGCGGAGGUCGACACCAUUUCCACCGUUAACUUACGAGCCUUACUUCAAUUCAGUAUUUGAUGGUUCUGGUGAGAUCGAUCUGGACGAGAUCGGCGUUGAUUGUUUUAGAGGAAUCAGAGGCAAACUCGGUAGUAAAGUGGUUGAUGGUUAUGAGCUCGGCAGAUCACGGGAGAGAGGUCGAGAUGGGUUGAGCGGCAAUGAGCUUGGCAGAUCGCAUGAGAGAGUUUGAGAUGGGUUGAACGACAAUGAGCUCGGCGCGGUUGCUCGGCAAUCUUCUGGACUGAGCUCGGCGCGGUCGCUCCACCUUAGUCGUGAGUCCGUUCUAGAAAUUGAGCGACCACGCCGAGCUCAGUCCAGAAGAUUGCCGAGCAACCGCGCCGAGCGUGACGGAGACUUGAGGUGGUCGGCGAUAUGAGCGAGAGAGGAGGUCAGCGACUUGAGGUUGAGGUCGCCACCGAGAGUGAGAUUGUGGUCGGCGAGAGUGAGAUCGUCAUCGUCGAGGUUGAGAUUGAGAUUGCCACCGAGAGUGAGAUUGAGCUCGGCGCCAAGAGUGAGAUUGAGGUCGACAAGAGUGAGAUCCUCAUCGUCGAGGUUGAGGUUGAGAUCGACGAGUGAGAUUGAGCUCGGCGCCGAGAGUGAGAUUGAGGUUGGCGCCGAGAGUGAGAUUAAGCUCGGCUUAAAGUGAGAUCAUUGUCGUCGAGGUUGAGAUCGUCAUCGUCGAAAUUGAAAUCGGCGAGUGAGAUUGAGAUUGCCACCGAGAGUGAGAUUGAGGUCGCCACCGAGAGUGAGACUGAGGUCGGUGAGAGUGAGAUCGUCAUCGUCGAACGGGAUCGAGAGGUGAAGAGAGGUCGGCGGACAAGGAUUGAUGAGUGCUGAGGUUGGUUCUCGCGAGAUCGGCGGAUUGAGGUCGGCGGGACGCUGCGCGCUCGCAUUCCACGUCCUCUCAUGGGAGCGACAAGAAGAUCUUUGAUCGUCAAUUUGAGGUCGACACAUGUGAUAGUGCGGGAGAAGGUUUUGAGGUCAGCACCAAGCUGCAGGUAGGCACAAAGCUGGAGGUCGGCACCAAACUUUAGAUAGGUGCCAAGCUGGAGGUCAGCACCAAAGUUGAGGUAGGCACCUAGGUAGAGGUUGGCAUCAAGCUUGAGGUAUGCGUCAAGCUAGAGGUCGACACCAAGAUUGAGGUAGGCACCAAGCUGUAGGUUGGCGCCAAGCUGGAGGUCGGCACCAAGCUGUAGGUAGGUGCCAAGAGACUCGAGUGUUAGAGCGUCGAGCGUGAGAGCAUCGAGCGUGAGAGCGUCGAGCGUGAGAGCAUUGAUUGUGAGGGCGGCGAGCAUGAGAAUGGCAAGCGCGAGAGAGUUAGCGUGAGAGCGUUUGACUGUGAGGGCGUCGAGCAUGAGAGCGUCGACUGUGAGGGCUGCGAGCAUGAGAGUGGCAAGCGUGAGUGAGUCGUGCGUGAGAGUGGCAAGCGCGAGUGAGUCGACUGUGAGGGCGUCGAGCAUGAGGGCGACAUGCAUGUGAGCGUAUGUUUGAUAUGAAGCAAGGCUUUGUACUUUACCGGAGUAAAGUGGUAGCCGAGACGGACUCGCCAUACCUUUAGAUGCGGCUUUUGUGUCCGGUUUAUCCUGUCGGUGUUUGGGAUUGGCAAGAACUUGCAAACCUGAGCUUGGCUUAUUAGUUCAGGCGCCCUCAAGCUAGUGCGAGACUUGCUCCGCUUUUUUCUUGGUUUCUAGAUGUAUUUUACGGGGCGAGACGUCUCUCGGCUUAUCCUGUUACGUGUUUCGAAUACAAAUUUUUUGGUUGGUAGUUGAGAUGUGCUUGUCGUACCUUUUAGGUGCGGCCCUGGUGUCCGGCUUACCUUGUGGGUGCCCCGAGGUCGGCAAGAGUGUGCAAGUAAGAACUUGGAUUAUUCAAACUUAGCCGCCUGCUAGCUGAAUGCAAGACUGGGCUCGGUUUUUUUUGUGCGGAUUAUUUCACCGCUGCAUCCAUGUGGAACGCGUUUUAAAUUGUAGAAGCUGGACACUCGUUAAGACGAACUCGUUCGAGAGAGCUUGUUUGUAAUUAAAUGUACUCUUGCGAGUAUAAUUUUUAUUUUUAUGUUUUGUUAUAGCUGUGUCUUGUAAAAGGCUGUCUACGUACCCUUGAAAAGGGAUCAAGCCAUUCGUAGUUCAAUUUGCAAAGAAAGAGCUCGGUAUGACGAGUGUUCUUUUUU